GUGCGGCUCUAUCAAAGGGCCCGCACGCACAGGACGGGGAGCUAUUGCCGCCCAGAGAUCCCCAGGCUGUCGGGGAUAAAGACGUCAAAAGCCCCGUUCAAGAUCUCCGUAGGCCCGCUGCAUAUCGAGAACAUCGGGCUGCAAUUUGACUUCAAGGCCCAGCGUCUAGGCAUUGUGCUCGAUGCCACGUUCCUCAUGGGACCCAUCGGGCUGGCCCUGAUCGGCUUUGGGCUCAGUGUGAGGCUCGGGAAGACACCGAAAGCCCCUGACCCGGAGAAGCCCGACAACGGGACCAAAGACGAUGACGAUGACGACCAAGGCGACGACAGCGGCGGCAUACCCAUCUCUGACCUGAAGGCCUCGCUGCAGGGCAUGGCGGUGUCGUUCGACAGCCCGCCGGUAACGGUGGCGGGGGGCUUCACGCACUCGCGGGUCGACGGCAUCGAGUGCUACGCCGGAGGGCUCAUCGUCAGGUUCAAGCCGUGGAUGAUCCAAGCCGUGGGGGUGUACGCCAAGGUCCCCAAGGACCCCUCCAAGAUGCACGCCUUUGUAUUGCUUCAGGAACGCCGGCGCCUGGCACUCACAGGAAAGGCCCCGCGCUUGAUGACGCCUGGUCGUGUUUACGAGUUGGCCGACGAAGAUAGCAACUUCAUCCACGACGACGACGACGACGACGACCACGACCUCGACCAGGACCACGAGCUCGCUGCUCUAGCCGAUGACACCGAUGAGCCCCCCAUCCAGACAUUUACCAUGUUUUUCGUCAUCUUCCGCGUCGAAGGUCCGCUUUUCUCGGUCGGAUUCGCCGACAUUUCCGGCCUCACCGGGGGCGUGGGGAUCAACACCGAGAUGCGUCUGCCGACAGCAGAGACAGUUCUCUCAUUUCCGCUCAUUGCGCCCUCGGGCACCGGCUCUCCCGGCUCGUCGCCGAUCCAAUCUCUCAUGGCUCUCCUGAAGCCGCCGCCAGCCGGUGGCGACGGCCAGGCGGCCGCUCCGUGGUUCUCCCCGCGCGAGGACUCGUUCUGGUUCGCCGCGGGGUUCAAGGCCACCGCCUUCCAGAUGCUCAGCGUCGACGCCGUCGCGGUCGUCCAGCUCAACCCGUACCUCCAGCUCGGGCUGUACGGCGUGGCCGUCUGCGACGUGCCGAGCCUGCACUCCCCCGUCAAGUUCGCCCACGCCGAGCUCGGCAUCGCGUGCACGCUCGACAUGCGCGCCGGCACCUUCAAGCUAGACGCGCAGCUCUCGCCCCGGAGCUUCAUCCUCGACCCCAGCUGCCACCUGACGGGCGGCAUGGCACUCUACGCGUGGUUCGGCCCCGCCGUGCCCUAUUCCCCUAGUGGCGACGACGACGGGACCCGCGGCCAGCCGGGCGACUGAGUGCUGACCAUCGGCGGCUUCCACCAGGCCUUCAACUAGCUGCGGGCGUACCCCAACCCGCCGCGGCUGGGCAUUAGCUGGUCGCUGGGGUCGUCGCUGCGCAUCGCCGGCGAGGCCUACUUCGCCGUCACGCCGCGCG